UUGCUCCGGGUGUGGUGCUUCCGCGUUGCGCGCGCUCUCUCUCCUCUCCCUUCUCCUCCGUGACAGGAUGUUCGAGGCACGGCUGAUCCAGGGCUCGCUGCUCAAGAAGGUGCUGGAGGCCCUCAAGGACCUCAUCACCGAGGCCUGCUGGGAUUUGGGCUCAGGCGGCAUCAGCCUGCAGAGCAUGGACUCCUCGCACGUCUCGCUGGUGCAGCUCACGAUGCGCUCCGAGGGCUUCGACACGUACCGCUGCGACCGCAACAUCGCCAUGGGGGUCAACCUCGUCAGUAUGUCCAAAGUACUCAAAUGUGCCGGUAAUGAUGACAUAAUCACCCUAAGAGCAGAAGACAAUGCAGAUACACUGGUUCUGGUGUUCGAAACGCCAAAUCAAGAGAAGGUGUCUGACUAUGAAAUGAAGUUAAUGGAUUUAGAUGUUGAACAGCUUGGGAUCCCAGAACAAGAAUACAGCUGUGUGGUGAAAAUGCCUUCUGGCGAAUUUGCACGUAUCUGCCGAGAUCUUAGCCACAUUGGGGAUGCCGUUGUGAUCUCUUGUGCAAAGGAUGGUGUUAAAUUUUCUGCUACUGGAGAGCUAGGGAGUGGAAAUGUGAAACUGUCACAAACAAGUGAUGUGGAUAAAGAAGAGGAAGCUGUUACAAUAGAGAUGAACGAGCCAGUCCAGCUGACUUUUGCAUUGAGGUACUUGAACUUCUUCACCAAAGCCACACCUUUGUCUUCUACAGUUACACUCAGUAUGUCUGCAGAUGUUCCUUUGGUUGUGGAGUACAAGAUAGCAGACAUGGGACACUUAAAAUACUAUUUGGCUCCAAAGAUUGAAGAUCAAGAAGAAUCUUAAGAAUCUGGGGGAAAGAAACGUGGCUUGAUGAAAGAGGAAGCUAGGCUGGAAGCCGGUGCCCCAUUCAGUUUUUCAGUCUUGGUGCAUGGAGCUAUCACAUAUGCACUUAGGCCAAAUUGUAGAUAUUUCUAUGUAAAUACUUUUUUCUGUUUAUUAUGCAAAUGUGUUUUCUACAAUAGUCCUUGUUUUUCUAUCUGGUAGCUGUAUCUUUUAGAUCCUUGUUUUUAUUACUAAACUUUUACUCCCAUUUCAGAGGAAAGGGAGUGCAAUAUUUAAAAAGAUGAAUGACAUCUGUAAUCUCUUACACUGAGGUUGUUGUUGAUUUCUAAAAGUCAUGAUGUUUGGAGAAAUCUGUAAUGAUUUAUUUUUAAGUGGGAGCCCUCAAAAAUGAACAUUUGUCAAUAAAGAACGUUCCAUUUCUUA